AUGGAGACGAAGAAGCUAUGGCGUAUCGUUGGACCGGCCAUAUUCUCCAGAGUCUCGACCUACUCGAUCUUGGUCAUCACUCAGGCCUUCGCGGGCCACCUUGGCGAGCUGGAACUCGCAGCCAUCUCUAUCGUCAACAACGUCAUCCUCGGCUUCAACCUCGGCCUCCUCCUUGGAAUGGCGAGUGCGUUGGAAACAUUAUGCGGUCAAGCGUUUGGAGCUAAGAAAUAUGACAUGUUGGGAGUGUAUAUGCAGCGUUCUUGGAUUGUUCUCUUCUUAUUCGCAACCUUGCUCCUUCCUAUGUACUUAUUUGCGUCUCCGAUUCUUAAGUUCUUUGGCCAACCUGAAGACAUUGCCGAGCUUUCCGGUGUCAUCGCCGUUUGGGCCAUUCCUACACAUUUCGCGUUUGCCUUCUAUUUCCCUCUCAGCCGAUUCUUCCAGUGCCAGCUCAAGAAUAGAGUGGUUGCAGUUGUGUCUGGAGUGGCACUCGUAGUUCACAUAUUUGUGUGCUGGCUUUUUGUGUACGGUCUUGAACUUGGAGUCAAAGGGACGAUGGCUACUAUUAAUGUGUCCUGGUGGCUCACUGUCUUCAUGUUAUUUACUUACGCCACUUGCGGCGGUUGUACACUCACUUGGACCGGUUUCUCCAUAGAAGCUUUCACCAGACUAUGGGAAUUCGCUAAGCUCUCCACGUCAUCUGGAAUCAUGCUUUGGUAA